AUGCCGUCAGCUGAACCGGUAGACGCUGACUCCAACGACGGGGACAGGAGACUUCAUGAGGCUGCUGCCCUGGCGGUUGUGGCCGAUCCGACGACUGCUGCAGCUGCGAGCUGGCUGUGCUUCGACUUCAUCGCCGAACACUCGACGCAGAUGUUGGUGUUGUCGUCGGUGCUGGUGUUCCUGUCGGCGUUGCUGUCGCACGUCGGUACCCACCUGUCGUCCAGGUCUCAG